AUGUCAGCUGGUCCUACUGUCCUCCUUUCUGAUGGGAAAUGUAAAGAGCGAUGUAAUAGUGAACGAAAUGGCGGAAGCUAUGAUCCUGUGAGGUGGAGUGAAUAUUUUAACAUACGGGAUGAUAUAGAACUCGAAGGGGGUACAUUUAGAAUCUAUCGUCGAGGUGUCGAAGGGCCUCUCCUCUUCUUCUUACAUGGUGGUGGUUUCUCAGCUUUAACAUGGGCGGUCCUAAGUACUCUUAUUACUGAUCAAGUUAAGUGUCAAUGUUUGGCAGUGGAUAUGAGGGGCCACGGUGAUACAAAGUGCCUCAAUGAUGAUGACCUAUCUAUCGACACUCUCUCAAAGGAUAUAAUAAAAAUAAUAUUUGCUAUGUAUCCAAUGGAGGCUCCGCCAAUCAUCCUUGUGGGCCACAGUAUGGGUGGAGCUGUAGCAGUACAUGUGGCAUGCAAGCGAACUAUCCCUUCUUUGGCUGGUCUUGUUGUUAUUGAUGUGGUUGAAGGAUCUGCUUUGAGCUCAUUACGUGGCAUGACAGCUUUCUUACGUGGUCGUCCUCAAAGUUUUCUUUCUUUACCUCAAGCAAUUGAGUGGAGCGUUCGCAGUUCGCAAAUACGUAAUGUAAAUUCAGCUCGUGUGUCUUUCCCUGGUCAGUUAAAGCGUAUCACAAGUGGUCAGACUGCAACAAGCGAACUAGAUUCAGGGAUCGCAGUUCUUUCUAAAACUGUUCCGUCUAUUCCUUCUGUAACUUCAACGCUAGAUGGCAGAGUCUCUUCUGUAAGUCGAUUAUCAAGUCAGCCAUUGGUUGAAGAUUCAGAAAUAGAUAACUCUAGAAGUUCAGAAAUCAAUUCUGAAAAUAAUUUAGAAGUUGAUCAAAAUUCAACAAGUCUUCCUAGCUGUCAUAAUGAUGCUGACAGUUUACAAUACAAUACAGAAAAUGUAUCGGUGGAUUCAUCUAAAUUUUCCAGUCAGUCUAUUGGAGAAUCUAUUCAUUCAAUAAGUGGUAGUACACUUCCUUCUUUUACUGACUCUUCUACUAUUUCAAAACAUUCUGGUUUGGUAACAUGUCAGUCGGAUCGUCCACAGUAUACUUGGCGAAUAGAUUUAAUUAAAACACAACCAUUUUGGCAAGGAUGGUUUUCUGGUUUAUCUAAACUAUUUUUAUCAAUACCUGAACCAAAAUUACUUCUGUUAGCUGAUGCUGAUCGAUUGGAUAAAGAUUUAACCAUUGGGCAAAUGCAAGGUAAAUUUCAGGUUCAACUGUUCCCUCGUGCUGGUCAUGCCGUUCAAGAGGAUACUCCAGAUAGAGUUGCGGAAUGCCUGGCUAGAUUUCUAGUACGCAACCGAUUCACUGAAGCUCGUUCAGAUUUGUGA